AUGUCUGAUCAGGAAGAAGCAACCCCGCCUCCCUCAGCUCCUCCUCAGGCUAUCGCAAACAUCAAUCGAUACCGAGAAAUCUUCGCCGCACUUGUCAAACGGGACCCGCCUGUACUCCGCAAUGCAUUAUACCAGCUGUAUAUAUGGGAGGGGACCAGGGACAGCGAAGCUCUCCAAGCGCGCAUCCACGAGCUUCUCACUGCGAACCAGGCAUCCGAAGAUAAAAAGUCCGACCAAGAUCCAAAGAGCGUCAAGGCCGUCGAGUCCACCAACGGCGACGACGAAGCAAGCCCACCAAACUCGCAGCCGAACGGGAGUUCAACCAAACGAGCGCGAGAGGAGACACGGACACCCGAAGAGGAAAGGAAGAGGGGAAUCAUGCAGCUCAACCGUGAGUCGUCAACAUGGGAAGAGGAGGCGUUCAUUGACAUAGAUAAGCAUGAGUCGAAGGAGCUGGAUACUCCGUUCAUUCGCGUGACCUUUACCAACGGAUUCAGCUGGACUUGUUGUGGACAGCCUGGUGGCCGGCCGGGGUGUCAGUGGUCUAGACACAAGGCCUAUGAUGAAGAUACCGGCGAGAGCAAUGACAACAACGACAGCGAUGAGAUUUGGCUCUGGGAAGAGGAAGGCGAGGAGGAAGACGAGACCGACGAGGGAGGCAAGACAGAUUAA